AUGCCUCUCAAAGUAUUUACCACUGAGUCCAUUGGUGCGCAGAGAAACCACAUUGCCAUCUACAUUGAAACCGAUCCAAGCGAAGACAGGGGUUGGCUACACCAUGUCACCGGAACAAUCCUGAACGGCAUGGAUUACACACCUAGGCAGACACCCAACCCGGAGUUGCUGCCAGAACAUGUGCCGGACUCCAAGAAGCAGAUCGGGAUCAUUGAAGAGGAAGACCUGGAGAGGUUCCAGGAGGAGUGCUGCCUAGCAGUUCUUCCCCCGCGGGCCCAGGUCACGCUCAAGGGAACCCGACUGUAUCCUGGCAUCCCGCUCUACCGCUGUGGAGAUUGGCUGAAAGAUGUUGCGGACAUGGCUGUCAGGAAGGGGAUCAUUAAGCCUCUGUGA